UUUGUUAUAAUUUAUAAUAAUUUUUAUCAAUAUGCAUGCAUUUUUUUCCAGGAGGAAAGCUUGAAAGUCACAAGGGCAUGUGUUUCAGGAUCAGAGUUCAUCAAACUUUAUUAUGAUUCUGUUGACAAAAUGAGACACAAGCUCGCCAAGCUGUACCUCAGUGAUGCCGAGCUUAUCUGGAACGGUAACCGCCUGACUGGUGACGCUGCCAUACAAAAAUUUUAUGAAGAACUGCCCGUCAGCCAGCACACAGUGCGAUGCUUUGACUCACAGCCAGUUAGUGCUCGGGCUGUGGGAGAUCAGACCAGCCUGUUGAUCACCACGGCGGGGUUUGUGUUCUUCAAGGGGAAGCGGUCUGACUUCACCCAAAGCUUCCUAAUAACUUGCUUUGAAGACAAGUGGAAAGUCGUUUCUGAUUGUUUCAGAUUCCAACAGUUCAUAACGUAGAUUAUAUCAAGCCAUAGUGCUUAUAUCUUCGUAUUUAAUGUGCAGUUGUUGUAUUUAGGUAGUGUAAUUCAACCUCGGUUAGAAUUGAAUUUGAGCAUUUUUAGUACCAUAUGACCAAUAUUUAUAAUUGGAAAGUGGUUAUACUUGUGCGAGUUUCCAUAAUGGCAUUACACAUUACAAACCCAG